AUGGUGCGGACUAGAGCAGACGGUGUCCCUGGCAGUUACAGAAAAGCAGUGGCUUCUCGAGCCUCCAGGAAGGUCCUUGUUUCCUCCACCUCUGCCGCUGAUUCCAUGCCGCUUUCGUUGAGGAAAGCUGAAAAUAAGUAUGCAGGAGGGAAUACAGUUUAUGUGCGCCCAACUCCUAAGUGGCAAAAAGGAAUCGGAGAAUUCUUCAGGCUGUCCCCUAAAGAGUCAGAAAAAGAGAAUAGGAUUCCUGAGGAGGCAGGAAGCAGUGGCUUGGGAAAAGCAAAGAGAAAAGCAUGUCCUUUGCCACUUGAUGAUACAGAUGAUGAAAAGGAAUAGAAUUUUCUUAUUCAUCCUUUACUGAUGUCUCCUGUUUACUCUGGUAUUCUGGGAUGUAAAUUUGCAUACAUGUAUUUGUUCCAAUUAUCUUUGUUGAAUAGGCAUUUAAUUUAAAAGAAUGAGGCUUACACUUAG